ACUAAGGCCGGUGGGGAGGCCGCAUAGCCCAGCUCUAUGACCUGUGGCAAGCCCCGCCUCCUGCGCUCAGCCGGCCGGCUUUCUGGUGAUGGAGCGGCUUCCGAAGCUUGCAGUGUUUGAUUUGGAUUACACGCUCUGGCCCUUCUGGGUGGAUACCCAUGUUGACCCCCCUUUCAACAAGAGCAGUGAUGGAACUAUCCGAGAUAGGAGUGGACAGACCAUCCGGUUGUACCCUGAGGUUCCUGAGGUUCUAAAACGAUUGCAGGGCCUGGAAGUGCCUAUGGCAGCCGCUUCCCGGACAGGUGAGAUUCGAGGGGCUAACCAGCUAUUGGAGCUCUUUGAUCUUGUUAGGUACUUGGUUCAUCGUGAAAUCUACCCUGGCAGCAAGGUCACCCACUUUGAAAGGUUGCAACAGAAGACCAAUGUUCCUUUCUCCCAGAUGAUAUUCUUCGAUGAUGAGAAUCGGAAUAUUAUUGAUGUCAGCAAACUGGGUGUUACCUGCAUUCUAGUCGAGAAUGGAAUGAGUCUUCAAGUCCUCACUCGAGGAUUAGAGAGAUUUGCAAAGGCCCAAACUGGACCCUGAGCUCCAUUCUGGUGGAGGGAGCCUCAUUUGAGACAAAAACUGAGUAGACAUUAAGAAGGCAUUUUGAGAUAGAUGCAUUUGUAAAUUAUUAAAGUGUAUUUGUGUGACAAAAGA